CCUGAACCAAUAUGGAUGUUAUACCUUGCAUCAGAAGUAUAGCACCAACACCUAAUUAGCUCUCUCCUGAGCCCAAAGUCACUGAGCCCAACUCUCCCUUCAUGAUGCAGUGUGUGGUUUGAGGUGAGUUAUAUGCAGGGAUCACCAAUAUCAUGUCAGUGAAAGACACACCUGAACAAUGCCAUAAUCAUAUUCUUCGUAGAUAUUUGAAGUGCUGCCCAGAUCCCUUUUAAAUGCAACUGGAGUUAUAGGCUCAAAACAGGAAAGUUUUAACAAUUUGCCGUAGCCAAUUGUUAGGGUAAUGGAUUUCCAUCCAUACAUUUUUAAAGAGUAACUUUAAGAGUAAUUUAACACCUAGCUGGAAAACAUUGUUUAACUGACCACCUCCUGAUUGAAAGUCUUUCCCACCUCUAUUGGGUGUGGUCACUUGUGUCUUCUGUUGCACUUGUAUCCACACGUAACAGUGAUGUGAGGGUAUUAUGAACAGAGUGUACUGUAUUUCUACAUGGUUAUAGCAAGUUAAGAACUUUAACCACUGGAGGUCAGCAAAAACAAGAUUUUUCUGCUUGUAUCAACGUAUUUUUUUUUACAAGUCUAUUAAAUCUCUGUCUGCACCUAGCAUCUAGCUGCAUGUGGUCAGAGGUGCAACAGUCUUGAGAUUCUCAACCGACAGAAACAGUGAAUUUCAGCUUGGUAUUACGUUGCUCUUCAAAAACUAGAGUUUCAUUGGAUGUCUGUAGUUGUCAAGUUUGGUUUUUUUUACAUUAGCAAUAGCCCUCUUACCAGUAGAGCUUUAAUGCUUGUUACAAACUUAUUUCAUUUUUGAAUACUACAUUAUGCAUGUUCUUCAUCCCAUAGCUCAUAGGCCACUUUAUUUAAGUGAAAAAAUAAAGGAGUCUCUAUCCAAGGGUUUCCCUUUUGUCAUACUGUGUGCCCCUCUGAUUCAUCAAACCACUUGGGAUGUCUGGGUAAUGGGUAAUUUCCAUUGCACAGGCUAACCUUUGGAAAUAGGAAAAUGUAAAUGAGGUAAAAACCCCAAAUCAUAUACUCAUAAUAUUCUUUAAAAGACUAUUACUAGGAACAUAUCCCAUAGCAUAUUACUUUUUUUUAGAAUAUAUAUAGUCUUAGAAUGUAUAGGAAUAGUAAUCGUUAAUGACUUUGAUUUCCCUAAGAUGCUGAAAACCAGAUGUGUCUCUUUUUAUAUAUAUGACACCAGCCUUUGAUCUUUUUAAUUUAAUUUUGUGCUUGCUAUAGCAUUUGAGGGGUGGGAAGGGCUGUUUCAGCUAAGUUUAAAGGAUACUGUUGCAUUAUGGUAAGAAAGGGUCAUUGAAUUGAGAUUACGGUAUCUCAGAAUAAUUCUAUAAUCAGUUGUUGAAUAAAACUCCUUUUCUGUGUAACUGUGUACUCAUUAUUGCUUGUUCGUCUCUUGCAAUUUAGAUAAAUGAUAUAACAUUAAGCUCAAGGUGGUUGAGUCUCAAGCAGUAGGGAGGCGGAAGCAAGCCAAGGGAGCUCCGUGCCCACUGAUCCCACGGGACUCACUGAAGACACCGGAACUCACCCGGAUAGCAAGAUGAUGCAGAUCAACCUGACAGGCUUCCUGAAUGGGAAGAACGCCCGGGAGUUCAUGAAGGACCUGUGGCCCCUGCUGCUGAGUGCCCAGGAGAACAUUGCUGGCAUCCCGUCAGCUUUUCUGGAACAGAAGAAAGAGGAAAUCAAACAGAGACAGAUUGAACAGGAGAAGCUAGCCUCUCUGAAGAAGGUGGAUGAGGAUAAGAAGGAAAAGGACAAGGAUAUCAGAGAAAGGGCUCAGUCAAAGAGCCCAAGGAGGCGGAAGACAAGGUCACCAUCACCGCGGCGAAGGUCACCAGUAAAGCGAGAAAGGAAACGAAGCCCCUCACGUUCCCCACGACGCAAAGCCAGUCCAGUUGGUGGCAGUUCACCCCCUCCACCUCUGAUGCAGCUGCCCACAAAACCUUUGGAGCAGCUUGUGGAGCCAGAUACAUCAGGAAGAGCCAUGCCGGAACCAGUCAUCCAAGAAGCUUCUUCCACCUGUGACACCGUUGUAGAGGUGGUGAAAGCAGACUCUGUGACCGAAGUCAAAGAACCCUCCCCAGAGAAAACCCAUAAGAAAGAGGAAAGGCCCAGGUCUCGGGAAAGGGAGAAGGACAGCAGGAGGGAAAGACCUCACCACCGCUCCCGUUCUCAUUCCCGCUCUCGUAGACGACGCUCCCGUUCAAGGUCUUACUCCCCUCGCAGAAGGCAGAGUCCCAGGAGAAGAAUGUCUCCUCGUCGAAGGAGCCCACCCAGACGAGGCCCCACGGGCUCCAGACACAGACAUAGACGCUCCCCUGUCCGCAGGAGGCGCUCUCGCUCAGCUUCAUCCUCUGGCAGCAGCUCCUCAGGCUCUCGUUCACCUAAAAAAGCAAUGAAAAGAAUAUCUAGCACACCACCCCGAAAACAAGUCCAUCAUCCUGACACCUCCAUUAGUCCUGCUGGGAAAGACAGACGGUCACCGUCUCCACGGGCCAGAAGGGGCAGAGGCUCAGCAUCACCACCCAGAUCAUCUGGUCUAAAGCGUAAACAAGGCGGAAGGGGCGAUUCUCCAUCUGAUAAUGCCAAAUCCAGACCUUCUGAAGGGUCCGAGUCAGAGGAGGAUAAAAAUGAGAAAGGGGCAACAGCAGAUUCGGUGCAACAGCGACGUCAGUAUCGCAGACAGAAUCGACAGUCGUCUUCAGAUACAGGGUCUUCCUCUUCAGAAGACGAGGGGCCCAAGAGGCCAAAGGCCGGGCCAGGUGCCAGAAAUGGUGAUGUCAGGAGGAGACGUAGCCGUACACCUUCACCACGGAGGCGACACAGGGAUGCCUCUCCAAGGAAAAGACGUUCUCCAUCUCCUGGUGGACGUAGACGUCGCUCUCCUUCUCCCCCACGACGUCGCAGAUCUCCCUCUCCUCCUAGACGCAGGUCUCCCUCCCCACCUCCCCGCCGGCGAUCUCCAUCCCUCAGACGUUAUUCUCCCCCUAUCCAGCGUCGCUACAGCCCCUCACCUUUGCCUCCACAGAAGAGGAGGUUUUCUAGCUCUCCCUCAAAACGCUCUUCUCCAGGAGCAAAGCGACGCCCUUCCAGGUCCCCCAAGCGCAGAAGUUCUCCUGCUCAAAGGAGGCGCACACCUCCUUCCUCCACAUCUCCACCCAGACACAGGCGAAGCCCCAUGUUGCCUUCUGGGAGGCCAAGCAGGGAUACACGAUCUCCUGUUGCAGCAUCCAGUCGCCUCUCCUCGUCCCCUGCAAACCGUGGUCGCACUGUUAGGGGUUCCACCAGUCCUCAGGGACGUUUUGAAACCUCCAGUACAUCCCCAUGUAGCCAGCGGAGACAGUCCCCUUCACACAGCGGUAAACCCAUCCGUAGAGUUUCCCGCACCCCGGAGCCACGCAACAACCAGAGACCCUCUCCGAGCCCCCAGCUAAUGAGGAGAGUGUCCUCCAGAUCCAGAUCUGUUUCUCCUCAACAAGCAGCUCAGAAACGUCCCGCCCCUGCAUCUGCCUCCCCCUCACCGUCUCGCUCUGCCAGUGUGUCUCCGCCACCAGUCAAAAAGGCCAGCAGUGGCUCAGGCAGUCAGUCACCAAGCAAGAAUUCAGACGUUGAUGGCAGUGGAAAGAAAAAGAAAAAGAAGAAGGAGAAGAAACACAAGAAAGAGAAGAAACAUAAGAAGCACAAGAAGCAUAAGAAGGAGAAAAGUGGUGCUGCUGGGACUGGAGACGGACAAGAGAACCAGGGUGUGGAUGAGGAUGGAGAAUCGAGAAAGGAAUCAGACAGUGAAGUAGAGGACAGCUUGGACGACCUGGAGAAACACCUAAGAGAGAAGGCCCUGCGCUCCAUGAGGAAGGCCCAGAUGUCUCCAUCACAAAUGUCCUGAAAACAAGGGGAACCCUCUCUAAAUUUUCCACUUACUCUUGAUGUUUGUCAUCAAUCUGGUUCAGCUUUAGAAUGUACAAAUUGUUAAUUCUUGAGUCUUUUGUUUUCUUUUUACAAGUUUGGUACAUUCGGAACAGUGUGUUUCAUUAAGAGCUUGAUUUGUCAGUUAGUGUAUUAUCUAAACUGUAAAAAAAAAAAGCUUGUGUUGUCCAUAAUUUUAAAUUGUUUAGCAGGGAAAACGGUUUAAUCUCGGAGGUUUGAGUUGGGCAAGUUUCAGAUCUUUUCCACAGACUACAGUAGAUUCCAUUGAGAAAUGAUUGCAUGUGCAGUGAUCGUCCCUGAUGUGCAUGAACCACUGACCUUAUGGAGUGUAGAGAAAAACCAACAUACAGUAACACACUGUUACCAUUGCCUUUUUUAUUAGUGGAAACAGUGGCACAGCUGUGUGAACUGUCAAACAGGCUGUAACAGAAUGUCUUGUCCCAUAUUGUAACUUAAUAGAGGUGUUUGGCAUUGUUUAACCUGCUGUUUUUUUCUGACUUUGAAAUAGUCUUGUUUGAAGACUAAAACAAUCUGAUGUGAUACAGAAUAUGCUUUAAUUUUUCCGACUGGAUUGAUAUGCAAUUUUUUGUUGACGCCCUUGCACCAAGCAAAUCUCUGUGGGACUGCUUUAUGAUUUGUAUUUAGUAUCCCUGACUCCUGUCAUAUUGUCAUCAUUCAGAAUUAAAACCGUUUUAUAGGA